AUGUGCAAGAUCAAAGAAUUACUUACUUUCGACCAAUCAUAUGUAAUCCAUUUAAAACAAUCGCUCCGACAUUUUCGUAUUUUUUCUGGUCGUUUCAAAUUGGCCUUUUUACACACAACUGGCGUAACUAUCAAUCUAUCUAUCUACCCCAGUCUAUCUAUUUAUCUAUCUAUCUAUCUAUCUAUCUAUCUAUCUAUCUAUCUAUCUAUCUCGAUUUUUGACAUAACAACAAAGAACUUAGAAGCACUCUUUACAGAAUUUUUCUAUUAUGUUGUACUUCGAACUGCAAAACUAUUUUCCUUUUUCUUUAUUUUUUCUUUCUUUCUCGCUACCUUAAUUUCUUGUAUUCUAUUUUCCUUCUUCCUUUCUUCCUUUUUGGCCUAUUUUCCCUUCUCUUUCUUUCUUUCUUUCUUUCUUUUUUCUUUCUUUCUCGCUACCUUAAUUUCUUGUAUUCUAUGUUCUUUCUUCCUUUCUUCCUUUUUGGCCUAUUUUCCCUUCUCUUUCUUUCUUUCUUUCUUUCUUUUUUCUUUCUUUCUCGCUACCUUAAUUUCUUGUAUUCUAUUUUCUUUCUUUCUUUUUGGCCUAUUUUCCCUUCUCUUUCUUUCUUUCUUUCUUUCUUUUUUCUUUCUUUCUCGCUACCUUAAUUUCUUGUAUUCUAUUUUCUUUCUUCCUUUCUUCCUUUUUGGUCUAUUUUCUCUUCUCUUUCUUUCUUUCUUUCUUUCUUUCUUUCUUUCUUUCUUUCUUUUUUCUUUCUUUCUCGCUACCUUAAUUUCUUGUAUUCUAUUUUUUUUCUUCCUUCCUUCCUUUUUGGCCUAUUUUCCCUUCUCUUUCUUUCUUUCUUUCUUUCUUUCUUUCUUUCUUUCUUUUUUCUUUCUUUCUCGCUACCUUAAUUUCUUGUAUUCUAUUUUCUUUCUAUCUCGCUACCUUAAUUUCUUGUAUUCUAUUUUCUUUCUUCCUUUCUUCCUUUUUGGCCUAUUUUCCCUUCUCUUUCUUUCUUUCUUUUUUCUUUCUUUCUCGCUACCUUAA